AUGCCGCCGUCCGAUUCUACACAAACAACAGGAGCGUCAUCCAUGGUCGCUUCUGGAGAUACGUCGGCAUCUGCCUCAGAAUCUACCUCUGGUGCCCAGACUCCCCAGAUAAACAAAUGGGGUAUGCUCAAAGCAUUUGCUUUCCGUCUGCUGAUCACCUAUUUCGUAUUCAGUUUGUUCCGUCGUCAACCGGCUCAACCGCCCCCAGGUGCUCCUGGUACCUCUUCCGCCCCCCGUGCUUUACCAUCCGUUAAUAUGUUCGCCCGAGGAACGCAAAUAGAACUUUUCACCUACUUGAGCGAGCACCAGUACUUUGAUGAGUUUGACGAUUCACGGCGCUUAUUUUGGCAUCAGCCGGAUCUGGUCUACGGCGAUUGGACCGGUGGUCCUCACGGAGACGGGUCAUUCACCAAGCAGGGUGUAAUUGAUUGCAAACAGUUUCGGGGACUAAUGAACAAUGGGUCGUUGUACUUGCAUGUGUAUGUAGUUAGAAAGGGAUUUACCCCUAAUCCGUCCGAUGGAAAUCGCUACUCGGCCAAAUAUACUGUGUACAAAUCCAAAAUGCUCACUCGAUACAAACGUCGUCGUUUGUCACGGACGGUUAACCUGCUCACCGGUCAAACUGAAACGCAUCCAGACCUGAUUGCUAAUGCGUCUACUCCGGCCAAUAUGACUUAUUUACCUCCCGUUACACAUUGGCAUCCAAAUUUGACCAUUCACAUGGUGGACGAUCACACUCCCUGGGUUCAAGGCUCCGUUCCUAUGCCUUUGGAUCAACACGUUGACUUUUAUCCUCUCUCAAACGAGUACUACCCUGUGGUCUUCUUGAACGAUUAUUGGAAUAUGAAUGAGGACUACAAGCCGGUCAACGAAACCACGCCCACUUUGCCGAUCUCACUGACAUUUGCCCCUUUAUCCAUGUUCAAAUGGCAGCUGUACGCGGCGCAAGCGUCACGCAAAAAUUGGUUCUCCAAUAUUCUAGGCGAUAUCAAUUUGGGUGGUGAAACCGAGGAUGAAGAAGAGCAAGACACGUUGAAGGUGAGUUUCACCGAUUCGUUUUCUACCUACUGA